UAUUAGAGGAUAUAACAGCAUAACAGUGAACAGUGACUUCACUUCAGUCGGUACUCGGUACGUCGCAAACAGUUGUGCUCCAGACUCCAGACUUGUCCUGACUUCUUCGAAAAUCACAAGCCGAAAAAUUGAAUCUCGCUUUAGUAAGAUCAAAACCAAAAGUCAAAAUGGCGAGAACAAUUCCACCCACUUUGGAGAAACUGUUCAGUCACAUUGAUGCCCACAAAAAAGAGUAUAUUGAUAAUCUUCGCGAAGCUGUAGCAAUUCAAUCGGUAUCGGCAUGGCCAGAAAAAAGGCAAGAAAUAGUGAAAAUGAUGAAGUGGGCCGAAGUGAGAAUGAAGGAACUCGGAAGUACAACGGAAUUGGUGGAUCUGGGAACUCAGACUCUUCCGGAUGGCAAAGUCAUCCCUUUGCCUCCGGCACUCCUGGGCAGCCUUGGAAAUGAUAAAAAUAAAAAGACUGUUUUAUUGUACGGCCACUUGGAUGUGCAGCCUGCGCUUUUGGAAGACGGAUGGAGUACUCCGCCGUUCGAACUGGUAGAAAAAGAUGACAAACUUUAUGGCAGAGGCAGCACCGAUGACAAGGGCCCUGUUCUUUGUUGGAUUCAUGCUCUUCAAGGCUACAGAGCUAUCGGAGCUGAAAUUCCAGUGAACAUCAAGUUCGUCUUUGAAGGAAUGGAAGAAAGUGGCAGUGAAGGAUUGGACGAUCUUUUGUAUGCACGUAAAGACACUCCAUUUCUGAAAGAAGUGGAUUAUGUGUGUAUAUCGGACAAUUAUUGGCUGGGAACAACAAAGCCCUGCAUAACGUACGGUCUCCGUGGCGUUUGUUAUUUUCACAUCGAAGUGAGCUGCGCCGAAAGAGACCUCCACAGCGGUACGUUUGGUGGUACCGUUUAUGAAGCGAUGUCGGAUCUCGUUCAUUUGCUUGGAACUCUCGUCGACGUUAACGGACGCAUACAAAUCGAUGGGAUGUACGACAAUGUCGCUAAAAUAACUGAUGUAGAAAUGGCCUCUUACAAAGACAUUGAAUUUGACGUUGACGAACUUCGCAGCACUGUUGGCACUUCGAAAUUAGCUCAUAACGAAGAUAAGACAAAAAUUUUGAUGCACCGUUGGCGUUUCCCAAGUCUAUCACUCCACGGAAUCGAAGGAGCAUUCAGUGAGCCAGGCUCAAAAACUGUCAUACCAGGAAAAGUAAUUGGCAAAUUUUCCAUUCGUAUUGUGCCGAACAUGACACCGAACGAAGUUGAGGCAAAGGUCAAAGCGCAUUUCGACAAACAUUGGGCGAGCCGGGGCAGUCCAAAUGUUUUGAAAGUCUCAAUGGGACAUGGCGGUAACGCAUGGACCGAAAAUCCUGACCAUCCUCACUAUGUUGCCGCCCGUACCGCAACCAAAAUGGUUUACAACGUUGAUCCUGACUUGUCCAGAGAAGGCGGCUCCAUUCCAGUCACCCUUACUUUCCAGGAAGUCACAGGAAAAAAUGUUCUUCUUCUGCCAGUCGGUUGCGGCGAUGAUGGCGCACAUUCGCAAAAUGAAAAACUCAAUAUUCGCAAUUAUAUCGAAGGAACAAAAUUACUGGGUGCCUAUCUGUAUCAAGUGGGACAACUUUGAGAGCUCUAAUCGAACGUUAUUGAAGGAAAACUCGAUUAAUUAAUUUGAACUUUGUUAAAUGCAGGUCAGGGUUGAUCAGCGUCUUAAGAUUAGAAUUUUAUUAACUCUACAGUGCUACUUUACAAUGCAUUUUUCAAACUAGAUGGUUAGGGGGCUUCGUAUGAAUGAAUAAAAAUGGUUUUGGUAA